UUGCUUCACUCAGUUGCAAAGAACAGACCCGACACCAUCAAGAUGACCAAGAUUCUCCUCACUGGCGGCUCCGGCUUCAUCGCCGCCCACAUCCUCGAACAGCUCCUCGAGCGCGGCCACGACGUCGUCACGACCGUUCGCUCCGAGGACAAGGCCCAGAAGAUCCGCGACGCCCACAAAGACCUCCCCGCCAGCCGCCUGACCGUCGCCAUCGUGCCCGACAUCGCCCGCGAGGACGCCUUCGACGAGGUCGUCAAGACCCCCGGCCUCGAGGCCGUCCUGCACACCGCCAGCCCCUUCCACUUCAACUGGACGGACCCCAAGAAGGAGCUCAUCGACCCGGCCCUCGUCGGCACCACGGCCAUCCUCAAGGCCCUCAAGAGGGACGCCCCCGGCGUCAAGCGCGUCGUCGUCACCAGCAGCUUCGCCUCCAUCAUCGACGAGGCCAAGCUGCAGGACCCGAAGACCGUAUACACCGAGAAGUAUUGGAACCCCGUCACGCUCGAGGACAUCCACCGCAGCCCGGCGACGGCGUACCGCGCGAGCAAGAAGCUCGCGGAGAAGGCGGCCUGGGACUUUGUCGCGGCCGAGAAGCCCGGUUUCGACCUGGUGACCAUCUGCCCGCCGCUCGUGCUGGGGCCCGUGGUGCACCACUUCGCGGACCUGAGCAGCAUCAACACGUCCAACGAGCGCGUCGUCGAUCUGGUGAGCGGCAAGUGGAAGGAGGGAAUCGCGGCGACGGGGGCGGCGUAUCUGUGGAUCGACGUCCGCGACCUGGCGCUGGCGCACGUGCUGGCGCUGGAGAAGACCGAGGCCGGCGGGAAGAGGUUGUUCACGACGGCCGGGUGGUUCAGCAAUGCCGAGAUCGCGGAGGUGGUGAGGAAGAAUUUCCCCGAUUUGAAGGAGAGGCUGCCUGCGCCGGGGACCAAGGGUGGUGAGCUGCCGCCUAAGGACCAGGUGUACGGGUACGAUGAUAGCGAAACGGCGAAGAUUCUGGGCAUUAAGUGGAGGAGUUUGGAAGAUAGCAUCGUGGAGCUGGUCAAGGACUUGAAGAAAUUUGGUGUUUAG